UUUAAGAAUAUGCACUUGCAGCCAUUUUCUGCUCUUUGUGUGGGGUGGAUUAGCACUGGGGCUGGUACUGAGCGAAACUAGAGCAUCAAUCGGCACAGAAAACGGAGGAGCAGGAACAGAAUCGCAAACCCAGGAAUCGUCGGCUUGCCGUCGCAGACCGCGACACCGCCCGCCCGCCCGCUCGCCCGCCUGUUCGUCGGCCAGACGGACAUGCAAUUUUCAGACCUAGGUGUUGUUUGAGUGACGCCUUGUUACCAUGACAACCCACGUGACGUUGGAGGAUGCUCUGUCCAACGUGGACCUGCUGGAGGAGCUGCCUCUGCCGGACCAGCAGCCAUGCAUCGAGCCGCCCCCCUCCUCCAUCAUGUACCAGGCUAACUUUGACACCAACUUUGAAGACAGGAAUGCCUUUGUGACCGGCAUAGCCCGUUACAUAGAGCAAGCCACAGUCCACUCCAGCAUGAAUGAGAUGCUGGAGGAAGGGCAUGAAUAUGCGGUGAUGCUUUACACCUGGAGAAGCUGUUCCAGAGCCAUUCCUCAGGUGAAAUGCAACGAGCAGCCCAACAGAGUGGAGAUCUAUGAGAAAACGGUGGAGGUGCUGGAGCCUGAAGUGACCAAACUCAUGAAGUUCAUGUACUUCCAGCGGAAAGCCAUAGAGCGCUUCUGCAGCGAGGUGAAGCGUCUGUGCCACGCUGAGCGGAGGAAAGACUUCGUGUCAGAGGCCUACCUGCUCACGCUGGGGAAAUUUAUCAACAUGUUUGCGGUGCUGGACGAACUCAAGAACAUGAAGUGUAGCGUGAAGAAUGAUCACUCUGCCUACAAACGGGCAGCUCAGUUCUUGAGGAAGAUGGCCGACCCUCAGUCCAUCCAGGAGUCCCAGAAUCUCUCCAUGUUUUUAGCCAACCACAACAGGAUCACUCAGUGCCUGCACCAACAGCUGGAGGUGAUUCCAGGUUACGAGGAGCUUCUGGCAGACAUCGUCAACAUCUGCGUGGACUAUUACGAAAACAAAAUGUAUUUGACGCCCAGUGAGAAACACAUGCUGCUAAAGGUUAUGGGUUUUGGCCUCUACCUGAUGGACGGGAAUGUCAGUAAUAUCUACAAACUAGACGCCAAAAAGAGGAUCAACCUGAGCAAGAUCGACAAGUUCUUCAAACUUCAAGUCGUGCCUCUAUUUGGAGACAUGCAGAUCGAGUUGUCACGCUACAUAGAGACGAGCGCUCACUACGAAGAAAACAAGUCCAGGUGGACGUGCACCCAGAGCAGCAUCUCGCCGCAGUACAACCUGUGCGAGCAGAUGGUGCAGAUCAGGGAUGACCACAUCCGCUUCAUCUCGGAGCUGGCGCGCUACAGCAACAGCGAGGUGGUGACGGGCUCGGGCCUGGACAGCCAGAAGUCGGACGAGGAGUACAGGGAGCUGUUCGACCUGGCUCUGAGGGGCCUGCAGCUGCUGUCCAAGUGGAGCACGCACGUCAUGGAAGUUUACUCCUGGAAGCUGGUGCACCCCACAGACAAGUUCUGCAACAAGGACUGUCCUGGUACGGCGGAGGAGUACGAGCGAGCCACACGCUACAAUUACACCAGUGAGGAGAAGUUUGCCCUGGUUGAGGUUAUUGCCAUGAUCAAAGGGCUGCAGGUUCUGAUGGGUCGCAUGGAGUCCGUCUUCAAUCAGGCCAUCAGGAACACAAUCUACGCGGCUCUGCAGGACUUCGCUCAGGUUACCCUGAGGGAGCCGCUGCGCCAAGCCGUACGCAAGAAGAAGAAUGUUCUCAUCAGUGUCCUGCAGGCCAUUCGAAAGACUGUCUGUGACUGGGAGGGAGGAAGAGAGCCGCCAAACGACCCCUGCCUGAGGGGAGAGAAAGACCCGAAGGGUGGGUUUGACAUCAAGGUGCCUCGUCGAGCAGUGGGACCCUCCAGUACACAGCUCUACAUGGUACGCACCAUGCUGGAGUCAUUAAUAGCUGACAAGAGUGGAUCUAAAAAGACUCUUCGCAGCAGCCUUGAUGGACCCAUAGUGGUGGCCAUAGAGGACUUCCACAAGCAUUCCUUCUUCUUCACACACCUGCUUAACUUCAGUGAGGCCCUGCAGCAUUGCUGUGACUUGUCCCAGCUGUGGUUCAGGGAGUUCUUCCUGGAGCUCACCAUGGGCCGCAGAAUCCAGUUCCCCAUCGAGAUGUCCAUGCCCUGGAUCCUAACCGACCACAUCCUGGAGACCAAGGAGCCCUCCAUGAUGGAAUACGUUCUGUAUCCUCUAGACUUGUACAACGACAGUGGCUAUUAUGCUCUGACCAAGUUCAAGAAGCAGUUCCUGUACGACGAAAUCGAAGCCGAGGUAAACCUCUGCUUUGAUCAGUUUGUGUACAAGUUGGCAGACCAGAUAUUUGCCUACUACAAAGCAAUGGCCGGAAGUGUCCUCCUAGACAAGCGCUUCAGAGCGGAGUGUAAAAACUACGGCGUCAUCAUUCCGUACCCGCCGUCGAACCGCUACGAGACGCUGCUCAAGCAGAGACACGUACAGCUUUUGGGCCGAUCAAUUGAUCUGAACCGCCUGAUCACCCAGAGGAUCUCAGCCGCCAUGUACAAGUCAUUAGACCAUGCCAUCAGCCGCUUUGAGAGUGAGGACCUCACGUCCAUAGUGGAGUUGGAAUGGCUGCUGGAGAUCAACAGGCUGACCCACCGGCUGCUGUCCAAGCACAUGACCCUGGACAGCUUCGACGCCAUGUUCCGCGAGGCCAACCACAACGUUUCGGCCCCCUACGGACGAAUCACGCUCCACGUCUUCUGGGAGCUCAACUUUGAUUUCCUCCCGAACUACUGCUACAACGGAUCCACGAAUCGCUUUGUACGCACAGCUAUUCCCUUCACCCAGGAGCCUCAAAGAGACAAACCAGCCAAUGUGCAGCCUUAUUACCUGUAUGGGUCCAAGCCUCUGAACAUUGCCUACUCCCACAUAUACAGCUCCUACAGAAACUUUGUCGGCCCGCCUCAUUUUAAGACCAUCUGCCGCCUCCUCGGUUACCAAGGCAUUGCUGUAGUGAUGGAGGAGCUACUCAAGAUUGUCAAAAGCCUGUUACAGGGCACCAUUCUGCAGUAUGUAAAAACUUUGAUAGAAGUCAUGCCCAAGAUCUGCCGUCUGCCACGCCAUGAGUAUGGCUCCCCAGGCAUCCUGGAGUUCUUCCACCACCAGCUCAAGGACAUCAUUGAAUACGCCGAGCUGAAGACGGAUGUCUUCCAGAGCUUAAGGGAGGUCGGAAACGCCAUCCUCUUCUGCCUGCUCAUCGAGCAAGCUCUGUCCCAGGAGGAAGUGUGUGACCUGCUUCAUGCUGCCCCCUUCCAGAACAUUCUUCCUAGAGUCUACAUCAAAGAGGGGGAGCGACUGGAGGUGAGGAUGAAGAGGCUGGAAGCAAAGUACGCCCCUCUCCACCUUGUGCCUCUCAUCGAGAGGCUGGGGACUCCUCAGCAAAUAGCCAUCGCGAGGGAGGGGGACCUGCUGACCAAAGAGCGCCUCUGCUGCGGCCUCUCCAUGUUCGAGGUCAUCCUGACGCGCAUUCGCAGCUUCCUGCAGGACGCCGUAUGGCGCGGACCCCCGCCCACCAACGGCGUGAUGCACGUGGACGAGUGCAUGGAGUUCCAUCGCCUGUGGAGCGCCAUGCAGUUUGUCUACUGCAUCCCCGUCGGCACACACGAGUUCACAGCGGAGCAAUGCUUCGGGGAUGGGCUGAACUGGGCGGGCUGCGCCAUCAUCGUGCUGCUCGGACAGCAGCGCCGCUUUGACCUCUUCGACUUUUGCUACCACCUGCUCAAAGUCCAAAGGCAGGACGGCAAAGACGAGAUCAUCAAGAAUGUGCCACUGAAGAAGAUGGCAGACCGCAUCAGAAAGUACCAGAUCCUCAACAAUGAGAUAUUCGCCAUCCUCAAUAAGUACAUGAAGGCGGUGGAGACAGACAGUUCCACUGUGGAGCACGUUCGCUGUUUCCAGCCCCCUAUACACCAGUCCCUAGCUACCACCUGUUGAAAAGGAAGAGCCUUGAAAAGAUAGACAUACUCUAAAAACAUACUCUCUCCCAUACGCACAUACGUACAUGCAUACAUUCCCUCCUUCAGCUGUGAUGCUAAACUCUGCCUCACCACAGCAGCUUUCAGAAUCCACUGACAAAUUCAUUUAAAAUGCGACUCUCUUUACAUGCUGAGGUGAAGUGGACCAGAGCAGAGGUUGAACUGUACAUUCACAUCUUUUUUUUUUAAAUUUUAUUUUAGAUUAUUUUUUGUGUUGCUCUCACUCUCGGAUUCAUGCAUGCCUUCUAUUAUUUUAGCUGCUGAGUUUUGCAUUGGACCACCGACGUAUUGGAUGGAUUAAAGUAAAAAAACAAAACAAAAAAAAACCUGAAUCUGAAACAAAAAAAUCUGCAAUUAAAUUUAAACGCAGUGCUUAUUCAAACUAGAUUGCUAAACUAAACCGGUCUGAAUCCAUUCACUUAUCUGUCUGCGUCCAUCUCACGGGGUCUACCGGGAUUCUUCUGAUCGACCCAAUCAUUACUCCUUUCACACUUUGCCUGCCUUCUUUGAUUUGCAGUAUUCACCUUUGCCUCCUAACAAUCCAGCUUUGUUUGCUGCAAGUUCCACUGUAAAAUUUCACUGUUUGGAGAAAAAAAAAAAGAAGAAAAGUGAAGUGUUGAGUGUUGUAAUAGUCCUUGUUUUAAACUGUUAUUAAUACUUUUAGUUGACACAUUCUUGGUAUAAUACUUGCGUAUCUGCUAUUGACUGGAAACCUCAAUUGUUAUUUUAACCCCUUCCUUUGUUAGUUGGAAAGAUUUUUUAUAUUCUGUAAAUGAACUUGGUGAUAUUAUUUACAAUUUUGAAAAGAGAUAUUCAUCUGAAAAAAAAAAAAAAAGUUUGCGUUUUUUAAUGAAAAAAUACUGAAGAAACAAGACCAGACAAAUACCUCUAGGCUGUAUGAAGAUCAACCUGUUUUAAGUGUGAGUGGAUGAGCAGACGCAUUAAAAACACUGUUACAAUAAAGGAAAAAUAAAAUCUUAACUAAAACUGAAUUAAAGGGCAGUCUUCUAUAUAGAGUCAGUAUUUACUAUUGUUGAACUUUUGGUUUACCUUAGCAGUGUUAUUAAAAUAUGCAAAUUCCCACUUUUGUUUCAUAUAAAGGAAAAAGACAAAUGAUUCAGAAUGACCACUUCUCAAACAGCCAUGUGAUCUGUUUCUGCUCCGUUUUGACAGAAGAAAGUUUCUUUUGUAAAACCCAGUGUCUUUUUAUUCUAUUUAUUCAACUUAUUGUUCAUUUAAAGGUUAAUCUAGUUAAAAAUUAAGGUACCAAUGUAUCAUGUCUAAACUUCAGCAUGGCAGAUGUAAUUUAUUGUCAUCGGUGGCUCCAUUUGUGACAUGAGGCUUUGUUUAUGAUAUGGUUGUACAAGUGAAAAUGUUUUGAAGUAAAACAACAACAA